CUCAUUCCCAUUAUUCUAUUGUCCACUUCUUUCUAACCCUAAAUUAUCUCCUCUCAUUUUCUCCCUCCACAACUUCCCGGCGACAGCGCACCGCCACCACCACCGCACGCGACCUAACUACUCCGGCGACGACAGCGCACCGCCACCGACCACCGACCACCGCACGCAACCUUGCGUCACUGCUUUCUGAAAGGCCAAACCAUUCUGACUCUGUAAUGGCGGCAAGCACAGUACUAUCCAAUUUUCCAUUGCAUUUUACUUGUCGCCCUUCCUCUGCACACAAAAAUCCCCAACCUAAUCUCUCUAUCCGCUUCAACGCUCCUUCGAAUAGAGCCUCCAGGUUCGGUUCCCACUCUCCUAUUUUUCGAUGGUCAAGAUUUUGUGUUGCCGCAAUAGUGCCACAAAGGCUUCCCCGUCGAGUAUUUAGAGUACAUGGCUUCGUAGGUGAUGAUGAUUGUCUCACUUCCCCUCAACCAGGUGCUAGUAUUGACUUAAAUCUUCCAAGAAGAAGUUUACUUGUACAAUUUACAUGUGACUUGUGUGGUGAAAGAACAAAGAAGCUUGUAAACCGAUUAGCUUAUGAAAGGGGUACCAUUUUUAUACAGUGUGCAGGAUGCAAGCGACAUCACAAACUAGUUGACAAUCUUGGACUCAUCACAGAGUAUGACUUUCGGGAGAAAAUGAAAACACACUCAGAAAUUGAUCAAAAUCAACAGUAAUAGCAAAACCAGCUGAUGCCCAUAUAUUUCUUCCUUGCUGAUGGUUUGAUGGUGUGCCAUUCUGUGAAGUAAAAAACAUAGGUUGUGAUCAGAAACAUGUGAUGUUGAUGACAUGUGUUAGUAUAUUUGGCUUAUAUUUAAUCUCGGUGAAGUCUAGGUUACCCAUUUGAAAAUUAUGACAAUACUCGGUGAUUUUUUUCAUUAAAUUGAAUGAAUAAUUGAAUAUUUUCAAAUGAAA